AUGGCAGAGAGCGCACUGGCAACCCCAAUAUUAGCAGAAAGCACGCCGGGAGCCCCAUCUGCAACUGGAGAUCGUCCAGCCCUUUCGGAAAUGACUAGCAAAGACUAUUAUUUCGAUUCCUAUGCACAUUUUGGGAUUCACGAGGAGAUGUUAAAAGACGAAGUUAGAACCGUCACAUAUCGCAAUUCGAUAUACCAUAACAAGCACUUGUUCAAGGAUAAAAUUGUGAUGGAUGUUGGAUCAGGAACUGGAAUCCUCUCAAUGUUUGCUGCACGUGCUGGAGCUAAAAAAGUCUACGCGAUGGAGUUCUCGAAUAUGGCUCUGCAGUCUCGUCAAAUUAUCAAGGACAACAACCUCGACGAUAUCAUAACUGUAAUUCAAGCUAAAGUAGAGGAUGUAAAAGAACUUCCUGAUGGUUGUGAAAAGGUCGAUAUCAUAGUGUCCGAGUGGAUGGGCUAUUGCUUAUUCUAUGAAUCCAUGCUCAAUACCGUUAUCUUCGCCAGAGAUAAGUGGUUGAAAGAAGGUGGUCUGAUUUUCCCGGACAAGGCUAAGUUGUUCUUAUGCGCUAUUGAGGAUAGACAGUAUAAGGAGGAUAAGAUUCAUUGGUGGGAUAACGUUUACGGAUUCAACAUGUCGGCCAUUCGGAAGGUUGCAAUUACUGAGCCACUGGUAGAUGUUGUAGAUAACGCUCAAGUCGUCACUAACAAUUAUUGUUUGAAAGAGAUUGAUCUCUACACUGUGAAGGUUGAAGAUCUCACUUGGAAGUCAGAUUUCCAGCUACGUUGCGCUAGAAAUGACUACAUCCAGGCUCUUGUUACUUUCUUCACAGUUGAAUUCUCUAAAUGUCAUAAGAGGACAGGAUUCUCGACUGGCCCUGAUGUACAAUACACCCACUGGAAGCAAACAGUUUUCUAUCUAAUGGAUGCUCUGACUGUGAAGAAAGGUGAAGAAUUAACGGGUUACUUCUCUGUUGCUCCCAAUGCUAGGAACGAACGAGAUCUCGACUUUAAAAUUAAGGUAUGCGCUGUACUUCCCUUGCGGUUAUUCAUUUAUCUUUAA